AUGCUUCGCGCUGCUGCCGCUGAGCGCAAUGCUAGUCCUAUCGCUGAUGUUCUAGCCAGGUACCUCUUUAAGGAUAUGAAAGUGUUGGAAAUUUCUUCUGGAACUGGACAACAUAUAAUUAAAUUUGCUGAGAAAUUUCCUGCUGUUACAUUUCAACCAUCGGAGGUCGAUGCUCGAUCACUUCACAGUAUUGUCGCAUAUAUUGAUCAUCACAGACUUGCGAAUGUUCGAGUGCCUUUGUUCAUUGAUGUUACUAAACCGGUAAAUCACUGGGCACUUCCAGCGGAUUAUGGACCAUUAUCAGUGGAUGUUAUUCUUAACAUUAAUAUGAUUCAUAUAAGUAGUCAAGCUGCGAUAGAAGGACUCUUCAAGGCUUCGGGCAUACUAUUAAGAUUUGGUAAUGGUCUUCUCAUAACAUACGGGCCAUAUGCAGUUGGUGGUGUAAUUUCGCCGCAAAGCAAUAUCGACUUCGAUGCUAGCUUAAGGAGUGAGAACCCCGAAUGGGGAUUGAGGGAUAUUCGCGACCUCAACUCGUUAGCCCUAAGUUGUGGUCUUCGAUUGGUGGCCCGACAUAAUAUGCCAGCCAACAAUUACGUGUUGGUAUUCAGACGAGACAAUUCACAAUUUGAUCAAGCAGGUUAG